UGAUUAUCAAGGCCAAUAUUUAGCAUUUGGCUGAUAGUAUUCGUGUUUUAGUUAUCCAUAACUUAUAGAAUGAAUCAAACAAUUGCUUUUAUAAUGUCGAACAACCACUUUAAGUAGGCUCACCUGAAAAACUAAUGACCAAAGCUGUCUGAGAUUGAUGUCAGUGAUGGAAACUGACAGGAGAAGCAGCACAAUUUUUACCAACGGUGAGCAGGAAGAAGAUCAAGUAACAAGCCAAUAGAGGGCAUAUCCCCAUCUGUGAAAGAGACAGGCAUCGGGACAUAUGUUCUCUUACUGUGCAUGUUAAUAUACUGUCUAUAUACCAGGUGUCAACUUGUAGAACAUCAAUUUAAUAGGAUUUAAGUCAGACUAACAUGUUUAAAUUUAAAAAAUCUGGGGCACAGGUGGCCUAGUGGUUUAAGGCACGCCCCAUGUUCGGGGCAGCCUGGGUUCAAAUCUGGCUUGUGACUCUUUCCCACAUGUGUCUCCUGCUCUCUCAUCCCUGUUUCCGACUCUAUCCACUGUUCUCCUCGAUCAAAAAAAGGCACAAAAAGCCCAAAAUAAAUUUAAAAAAAAAAGAAGUUAAAAUCCAGUUUUGUUCAAACUAACACAAUAAUUCAACCUUUUCUAACAGCAUAUAAACAUCCUGAGUGGCUGGAAUGUAAAUAUAUAGAAAAUAUUAGCUAUAACUGAUGGACACUAUCAGCCUUUUCCACCGGCGUGUGAACGAGGAGGUGUGACCUGCAGUGUAAAAUUGUUUUGAGCAGUCAGAUGACUAGAAAAGUGCUUUACAUGCUCAAGUCCAUGUACCAUUUCCCAUAGCUAUAGAGUUAAAAUUCCUCUUUUACUGCAGCCUGUGAAGGUAUGGGACAUGGUAGCGAGCCAAAACAAUAAAGCAGCAGCUGGUCAGCUCAAAAACAAGAUGAAACCUCUGUUACCCACUGCGCUGUUUUUUUAAUUCAUGUCCCAAAAAACAAAAUAGGUUAUAGAUGUUUUAAAGAUGUAAAAUGAUCAGAUAUUAAGGGGCUUAAUAUGCUAUAAAGCCUGUAAUUUGUUGUUUAUUCAUAACUUUAAUGAACCAUAAAUGUACUUAAAUUAGAACAAUGGUGAAAGCUUUCACAGUUGUCUCUAACAGCACCUUAGCUGAGAUUAAGUGAAUUAAUAUUCCUCCUAGCAGUAAUACAGUAAGAAAUAGUGUUUCUUUGGUCUGUCUGAGCAUCUAUAAAGUGUUGGUGCUAUUCUGUCUGUGUGUGGAGACUCCAUGGAGACUGUAACAGCAGUCCCUUGUCCCCUCAUUUAAAGGCUGCAGCCCUUGAAAAAAAGAGGAUAAAGAUGCUAAAAGAGCUAUGAGUGUGUAUGUCAGUGCCAGUUCCUGCAGCCACCCCCUUUGAGCUGAGUCUUUGUCACCAAGUGUAGACCACAACACUCAUUUAACAGCCUCUUUUGUUGCUCUGUGUGCCCCGUCUAACUCCUCCGCCUCAGUGGAACAAACAGAUGCUUUACACUACCGUUUAGUAACGCUGCAAGUGGAGCUGAUCUGGAGCAGAGGAUGUUUGCGACCGUCCUGUUUGGAGACAGCAGGAUGGAAAUACUCAAUCUCAACUGCAAACUGAUAAACUUCAUCCAUUAUCUAAAGGAAAUGUGCAGUCUGGACUUUAAAGAGUGUGUGGAUUUGCUGGACAGCAGUGGUAGAGUGAUGAAUCUGGAGAGGCAGCAGCACAGUUUGGCUCUGGCCAGCAGCGUGUUGGUAGAGAGACAGUUCUAUGUCCUCCUUAAAGUUUGUCGAGAUCCUGAUACUGGAGGGCUGAAAUAUGUAUCUCUUCUAAACAAUUUCAGUCAGAGUCAUCCUGAGUUAGCAGAGCUACUGAGGAAACUUUCGAACCCCAACAAGGAGCAAGACAGAAAGAUUAGAGGUGGUCGAACCAGGACCAAAAACAACUCUUCAAAUCACAGGAACCACAAAUAA